ACAUAGCAAGAUUGAAGAUCCAAUCCAGCUAUUUGCAGAACAGAUGCAACAGCAAACUAUAGCUAUAUAUGGCUUUCCUUUGGGCCUGCAACUGCUUGCAUAUAGGAACAUAUCUGGUCUACUGGAGAAGAUUCCAGGUUCUUCAGAUGAGAGAACCUUCUUGGAAUGGCAUUCAAUUGGGAUCCCCAAAAACAAUCUUACCCUAAAUGAAGUUCAUAUCCUUGAACGUGCUCCUGAUUUGGUUGUUACUACUCCGUUCCUGUUUGUUGACCAAAACGAAGAUGGAUGGGGAGAGUGGGAUGAUGAAGACCCAGUUGUUGAACACAAGAAGCAUAUAGUUAACAGGAAAAGGAAACAUACGUCAACUCCUUCAAAGGGAAGUCAAUCAAAAUCGAAUGUCGGUACUUCAAGGCGAGGCAGGAAGCGUAAGUUUGAGUUGGUUGAUGAUGAUGAGGCAGGUGAUAUAAAACUGUGGGUGAAUUCGCGGUUGGAUGCUAUAAGACAUGAAUUUGCGGAGAAUGUUCAGAAGUUAAGAGGUCAGAAUCGGAAUCUUCUGAAAAAGAUCAAGGCCCUGAGAUCUCUGAAGAUGCCAAGAUUUCAAUUUCACAAAUUCUCACGCGCUAGACAGUCAACUUGUGCUCCAUCAAGGAAAGUACGCAUAGCAGCUAAACAUCCCAAUAUAUCUGAAUCUCCAGAGAAUGCUGCUGUAGGUACUCAAAACAUCCCAACUCCUCCUUCAAGUCCAUUAACUUCAAUGCAUGAGGAAGAGAAUGCAGUUUCAGGAGAACCUUCACUUCUUGUUGAUGAUUACACAUGGCGUCUAAUAACUUCUCAGCAGAUGAAUAGCACAGUCAAUGAAGUUGUUGAGGGUGAUAAUCCUGGGAAGAUUUCUUCCCCUCAAAACCAUCUGAAUGAAUCUCCAUCAAAGUAUUUAUCUGCUGAUAGCACAGAGGAUCAACAGUCUGGUCAACCCAUAUAUGACACUGAGUCAAAACUUAGAGACGAGCCUCUGCCUUCUCCUCAACUUCCACCUGUAUUCGAUACUGCAAAGAAACCCUCUUCUAUUGAUGGAUCUGAGGAGCUCAACAUAGGAGACUUGUCCUUGGCCGAUAAUGUUGACACAUUGGUUCAAUCAGUUUGCAAGUCCAUAAGUCCUACUAUUGCUGCUGCAGGUGAGGAUUCCUUACCAUCAGAAGAAGAGCCUCUUGCUGUUGUUGAUGCAAAGAUAACCCCUCAAGAUGAUCUACCUGUUCCUAACCUUUCUGAUGAUAUUAUAUCAAAUUCUGCUAAUCUUCAAAACACUGAGAUUGCCGCAGCAACUGAACAAGAAAAAGAUGAUGAUAUUGAAAAUGAUGAUGAUGAGGAUUCUGCUGUCGAAACUGGAGAUGUUGUUGAUGUGAGUGAUUCAUCUCCUGCGAGAGAACGAAAGCCAACUUCUUUGUCUGACAAUGAGGCCAAACUUGUUGCGUUGGUGUCAAAUAUUCCCCAAAACUCACCUACAAAACAACAUGACCUCUUACCUCGUUUGAACAAAUCAUUAUUCAAAGUCUUCAUGGACACACUUCGAAAGUCACCACAUACGGAACACAUAACCCGCGGUGAUACUGUGAUAACCAACAAAUUCCUAGUCCAGCUUGCCCAGCCAACCAAUUGGGUUGAUACCAUGCACAUGGAGGUCCUAGGAUCUUUCCUAAAUGAAAGGCACAGAUUGGCCCUCUCUCAAGAACGCGCUGUAAUCAUCAAACCAUGGCUAGGCAACUACCUACAGGGAAAGUACUCUUCUUUCCUAGCUGCAAAACAAAAGUUGCGUGUUCAAUGGAAUCAACAGUUCAAGAGGGCUAUUCCUGGAUCUCCAUCAGAAUGGUUUGAAGAAAUAGAUCUUAUCUUCAUGCCAAUGAUAUGGAAAAACCAGCAUUGGGUAGGUCUGGCUAUCAACUUAGGCACAUGGUGUGUCGACAUACUUGAUCCAAAUUACCCUCUAAACGAUGAUGCCAAAGUUGAAGAGUACAUGGCACCUAUUUUGGUCCAAAUCCCGUAUAUAAUUAACAAAUUUUGCAAGCCACGUCUGAGUCAGGAACAUGGGUUGGCUCCUUUCCGAUGGACAAGAAUGAAAGAGAUCUAUGUCAACGAGAGAUGUGGGGACUGUGGACCUGUGGCCAUGAAGCUCAUCGAAAUAUACGCCAAUGGUGGAGGUCCAGAGAAAAUGUCUCUUAUAACUGAUGAAAUUGUUGAUGAUUUCAGGGGUCAAUACGCUAUAGAUCUGUUUCAAGAACUUGUGGCUCCUCUUUACAAAUAGGUAGCUCAACUACUAAUCUAUGUAAUUUGUUGUAUAAAUUGUUUGUUUUAAU